AUUGUUGGUACUAGGGUUUGGUCGAUAGUUCCGAAGAAAUGGCCGAUAGUGAAUCGAGGCGAUUUUCGCCAUGUUUUGCAGAAGAACUACUUGACUGGCAGAGGGGACUGCCCCGCAGGUUCUUGUUUGGUCAGGUUGUCUGGGAUGACGACGCUUUCAUCCCCGAAGGCGCUUCGGAGAAGCACAGGGUUAUAUUUCGCAGAAUUUAUAGGAAAUACUUCCUUCAGAUUUUUGCUUCGGAUGGUUUCGACAUUGACAUCUAUCCGGGUAAAGCCAAGGCAGCUAUGUUUAUACCAUACCUGGAUUUUGAGAAAGAAACUGACUUGCUGAUGGAACUGGCUAACCAUGCUAUUCAGGAUUACAACUGUAAAGAAACCAAUGUUUACAAGUACGAGGUCUUGUAUGUUGAAAAAGUGAACUUUAUUUUGGCCGAAUGCCGUGAAUUUUUUAUGACUGUUAAAGUUAAAAAUGUCACUCUACGUUCACCUAAAGAAACUUUUCAAAUCCAUGCAUAUAAAGGACCAGAUGGGGAGAAUAUUGUCCGCCUUUGCCGGAGAAAAUUGCUGGUUUGACGUAUACAGAUUUUGAAUGAAUCUUAGUGCUGUUUGCUUA